AUGAACCGUGUAAUGGAAACAGAUCAAUUGCCAGUGGACAAAUUCAAUGGAUAUUGGAACUAUCAUUGGAAUGAAUGUAAAUACUCAAUACCUUUAAGAAUGUUCGUAGUCGUUGGAUUUGGUUUCUUUAUUAUAGCAGGUAUUAUAAGUUGUGAUGAAUGUGAUCAAGAAGGUGUACAUGUACUUGGUAUAUUUGGUAUUAUAUGCAAUUGUAUAGCAUUUUGUAUGCCUUUGAUUGACACAUAUGAUCCCCAUGAUUAUCUUGGAGUUGAAGGUCAUAUAAAGUAUUUCUUCGAGAUUACUCAAAGGAAACCUACGAUGGAGGCAAGAACCUGGCAUGAAAUAUCUUUAACGAUGAAUCAAUUUGUUAAAGAGAAUAAAUUAACUAGGACAGGAUAUUUAUUUUAUGAUGAAAAGAGUUGUCAAGAUUAUUUUAUUAGAUUAGUCGAGAAUCAUUUUCAAAGAAAAAGAUAUAGAGCAGAACAAAAGAAAAGAACUACACUAAUCAAGAUAUCUGGUUAUAAACCAAAGGAAAGAAGAUGUGAAGCACAAGAAUAUUCUGAUUGUAAUGAACAAGCAAAUCCUUCUUCUCCUUCUUCUUCUCCUUCUUCUCCUUCUUCAUCACCAAACCAAUCUCAUGCGAUUAUUAGAAAUGAUUUAUUAAACAUAGGCGAGAAUCCAAUUGAUAAUAAGAUUAUACGUAAAUCAUUUAAGAAGGCAAGAAAAGUAUACCAAAAACAGACUGAAAUUUAUUGGAAUAAUAAAUAUCCUGAAUUACAUAUUAGAAGACAAAAGAAAAGAAAAUGA